AUGACAGGUUCACCCAAGUACACCCCUGCCCUCUCGCGCUUCCCAACGGACUCUUCCAACGACGAGGAGCUCGAUCGUGUACUACUUACUCCACCCGAUCGCACGUCAUACAACAGACGGGUCAUUGCCCAGGGCCACCCAGUACCGGCCCAUUCCCCCAGUGAUGAGUUCAUCGGCACACCAUUCUCCACGUCUAAUCUUUUCGAGUAUCCUUUCAACCCGGACGAGUCGUCACCCAAAGACCCGAAACCUAUCUCUAUAGCCACGUCCAAUUCCAACCAACAUACCGGACAUCUUAGCACCGGGUCGGGCUCCCCUUCAUCACCAUACUACGCUCGUGCAUUACGCGAAGUGUCAAAAGAGGCUCCCAUCCCACCAUCACUUCGGGAAAAAGUCUCGGCGCUGGGCGCGUAA